AUGAAUGUGAUGAACGCGCAGUUGGUCCAUCCUAUUAUUGGUGACAUUAUGUCUCCGGUCGUUGGCGGCGGUCGUGCCGAUCAGACAGAGACAUCCAAGCAAAAGAGCGAGGAUUCCUCCGUACACGACAGCUCUGAUUGGAGUGGAGAGCUUUCUGUUGACCACCUUGACAAUUGGGGCGAAUGGCAGUCCAUCGUCUCGGGCAAAAGCCCAGAUCUGUCUGGAGAUGGCAGUCAGAAUGGAGGCGCCCAUCAACCAUUGGCAGAAGGCGAUAAGAGACAUGAACGCAAUGGCCCAGUUCUUUCCCAGUCCGUUGUAGAUGAUCUGGGCGAUUGGGCUACCGAACUCGGAGGAAAGAAUAGCAUUGACAUCUGGGCCCAUGCAUGCGGCAAUGACGAUACAGAUGAAGAAUCCAAGUCCGAAACAAGCGGACACAGAACCAAUGAUACCAAUUGGAACACCGUGUGA